AUGGCAGUAAACUGUGCUAAUGCCAGAAAAAGUCGAAAACGUCUUAGCUGUAUAUUACAUAAGAUGGAUUGUGCUACAUGUACAAUUGUUGUGGGUCUUGUUGAAAAACUAUCGAUUGUCCAUAAUGAAAGUAUUGUUUCAUCACUUGAACGUAUCUGUAAUGCUUUACCUACUGAAUUGAAACCAUACUGUAAAACAGCAGUCGAAUUUUUGGGUCCAAUCAUUAUCGACGGCUUUCUGAAAAAGGAAACACCCGAUGUUAUUUGCCAUGCCAUGAAAAUUUGUACGACAGAUCCUGAUCAACCGGAAUGUCAUCUAUUUCCAUCGAAAUCAUUAACGAUGUCACUUGUGCACAGUGGAUCUCGACUACGUCGACAACAUCCAACACUUGAACCAUUUUUCGACUUGAAACUAUGUACACUGCCAGGUAUCAGAGAAAUUUGUAAAAUAUUCGAAAAUGUUUUCAGAAGUCAUAUACCAUUGGUCGACGUCGAUAACGACCGAUUCGGUAUCGAAUCGGCUUUUCGCGGUAGCUCCUGGCGUGGCAGAGAUUGUAACGAUUUUGUACGAAACAUUCGACCGGGUGCACGUGCAGUCAAAGGUGAUUAUACUGUGGAUAACAAUUGUAAUGGUAUUUUCGGUAUAAAUGCAUCGACCGGACGACCGUGGGAAGAAGAAUUUUGUGAUGAUACACAACGUUUGGGUAUUGCCGUUUUGGGUGAUUCCAUCUCGGCUCAUUUUCAUAUACCGGAACAAUGGCUCGAUGCUAGUCAAUUUUCACCAGCCGCUUUUGAACAUAUGAUGCUUAUCAUUGAGAAUGAACUCGAUUGGCCACAAGUUUCUGAUAUAACAGGUCAUGUGAAUCUGACAUGGCCGAAUAUUGAAGGCACAACUCGUUCAAUCUAUGCUCGAAUGUUCGAACUUGAUCAUUGCAAUCAUCGUGAUUACCAAAAUAUUGCUGUCAAUGGUGCUAACAGUAAAUCGAUGCUUGAUAUUGUCAAAACCUUAAGUCGUGAUCAAGAAAACGAUGUACCAAUGUUAGUUAUUUAUUCGUUAGUCGGUAACGAUGUUUGUGAUGGUCGUCUAAGUACAAUGCUCGAUAUGACAACAGUCGAACAAAUGCGUACAAAUGUGUUAGCAACAUUAACUUAUCUGGAUACGGUCUUACCCAAAGGUAGUCAUGUACUAGCGACCGGUCUAGCUAAUGGUAGCACUUUGUAUGAAUUAUUACACGAUCGUAUACAUCCAUUCGGUCGUGUAGGUACACCGUUUACAUACAAACAGAUCUAUUCAUAUUUGUCAUGUUUACAAAUAUCGCCUUGUGCUGGAUGGUUAACAUCGAAUGAUUCCUUACGUGCAUCAACAACACAACGUGCUUUUGAACUUUCCGAUGCAGUGAAAAAUGCGACAUUAUAUGCGUCUUAUAAGCCUCGUAAUUUUGAUGUUGACUAUCUCGAUUUUCCACUUGAUGAUAUCAUGGCCAAAUGGAUCGCACAAGGUGGGGAACCAUGGCAAUUGAUUGAAAGUGUCGACGGAUUCCAUAUUAAUCAGUAUGGUCAUGCACUAGUUUCAGAUGUUCUUUGGUCAUGGCUAACAAAAAAUAGGCCACAAUGGUUGCCAUCACUAAAUCCACACAACGCUGACAUUGAACGAAUCUUCAAAGAUCAAGGCGGUUAUUAA